AUGGCGAGUCAGUCGACUCUUAUUCUUCGCAAACAACUCAAUGACCUGAAGAAGAAUCCGGUCGACGGGUUCAGCGCCGGACUCGUGGAUGAGAACAACCUGUAUAAGUGGGAAGUGAUGAUCGUUGGCCCCCCGGACACCCUAUACGAGGGCGGAAUGUUCAGAGCUGUGCUCGACUUCCCGGACGACUUCCCGCAGAAGCCGCCUCGGAUGCGCUUCACGGGUGACAUCUGGCACCCAAACAUCCAUCUGACGGGUGAGGUCUGCAUCUCAAUCCUACACCAACCCGGAGAAGACACCUUUGGCUACGAGAAGGCCAGCGAGCGCUGGACACCCGUCCACACCGUCGAAACUAUACUCCUGUCCGUCAUAUCGCUGCUGUCAGACCCCAACGACGACUCCCCGGCCAAUGUGGACGCAGCCAAACAGUUCAGACACGACUACCAGGCCUUCAAGAAGCGGGUGUCGCUGUGCGUCAAGAAAAGUCAGGAAAUGGCAUGA